AUGUUCACACUCCUUGUCAUUUUUGGCCUUUUCAUAACUGUUAAAACAUCUAAUAUCGCUGAGAUUCAAGUGCAGACAGUAAGGCGUGGGGAUAAUGUAACAAUAAAAUGUGGUGAAGAUCUCACAAGAGAUAACAAAGGUAGUUUAAUUUGGUACAAGCAGAGUUUUGGAAAGGUGCUUCAGUAUGUAGCAAGAAAAACAGAAAACAACUACAGAUUGAACCCUGCAUUUAAUGACGGCCACAUCGACUUUACUCGAGAUCAAAAGAGAUUUGAUCUCAACAUUGCUGGAACUAAGGAUGAUACAGCAACAUGGCUGACAAAAAUGGCUGACAACUUAAUAAAUUUUGGAUCUGGAACACUUUUGGUUUUUCAGGCUGAGAAGACCAGCCUCCAUGUUCCCACUCUAAAAGUUAUCAGGAGUGGAGAGUCUGAUACACUUCAGUGUUCAGUACAGGAGAUGGCUUCAAGCUGUGCAGAAGAACGUGUGUACUGGCUCAAACAUGGUUUAGGAGAAUCUCAUAAAGGAAUUAUUUACACUCAUGAAGACAGCAGUGAUCAGUGUAAAAGAAGCUCUGAGGCUGGUUUUCCCACACAGAGCUGCAGCUACUCUUUUCCUAAGAGCCAACUGGGACCUGAUGAUGCUGGAAUUUACCACUGUGCUGUGGCUGCAUGUGGAAAGAUUCUCUUUGGGAAUGGGACAAAAGUCGAUGUAAAAGGCUAA